GAAGCCUUCGCCAUGGCAUCAGCACUAUCCAGAACCGCCAGAAGACUGAUAUCGCGGCAGAACCUAUCAGGUUUGUCCAGGAAUCAGUCCGUAUGGACCUCUGACAACAUCGUCAAAUCCCCAUACAAGGACGUCGAGAUCCCCAACCGAACUGUUGUGGAACAUGUUUGGGAGAAUCUGGAGAGGUGGCCAGAUAAAGUCGCGACGAUUUGUGGGUUGACAAAUCGUUCAUACACCUACCAUCAACUUUACAAAUAUUCUCGAAACUUUGCGUCGCAACUUCGUACCAAACUGGGAAUAAGAGAUGGUGACGUCAUUUGUACUAUGAUGCCUAAUUCUCCAGAGUAUGUGAUAGCUAUAGUAGGAAUAUUGACAGCAGGUGCUGAGUUGACAACUGUCAACCCUAUAUAUACACCUCAUGAAGUACAAAGACAACUUUUACUCUCCAAACCUAAAAUCAUAAUUGGUAAUAUAGACACUGUUGCCGUCAUCAGAGAGUCGUUAAAAUUGGCCAAAAUGAACAUUCCAGUUAUAUGUAUAACAGAAAAUGAUAGCUUCGUUCCUAAUACUAUUUCAUUUAAAGAGUUGACUACAGAUGUAGAUCAUAAUGUUCUUAAUGAUGUGAAGAAGACUGCUGAUGAUGUGGCCAUACUGCCAUAUUCUAGUGGUACAACAGGGCUACCUAAAGGUGUAGAACUGACGCAAAGGAAUAUAGUCACAAAUUGUGUACAAGCUGAUGUUGAAGGAGUUAAACAAUAUCGUGAUACUACAGCUUCAUUCCAAGACGCUAUAAUAGCCGUGCUACCGUUCUACCACAUUUACGGCUUAGGAAUAAUUACACUUCACAAAUUAUCUAUAGGAGCCAAAAUAGUUACAUUGCCCAAAUUCCAGCCUAAUACAUUUCUAUCAACUUUGAAAAACCACAAAAUUAGCCUGCUCUAUGUAGUUCCUCCCAUCGUAUUAUUUUUGGGGUCACAUCAGGAAUCUAAAAAAGAACACCUCGCUUAUGUAGAAAGAGCAGUUUCUGGAGCAGCGCCUUUACCAAAACUAGAUAUAGAUAGAUUCAUGGAUAAGUGCAAGCCCGAUGUCAAUUUUAUCCAUUUGUAUGGUUUAACUGAGACAUCGCCGCUGGUAUCAACAACUGCUCCGGGUUCAACUAACUAUAUGACAGCGGGUUUCGCGAUCCCUAACACCGAAUUAAGGAUAGUUGAUUCAGAAAUGAGGAAUCUUGGACCAAAUGAGGUUGGAGAGCUCUUGAUCCGAGGGCCGCAAGUAAUGAACGGAUACAGAGACAACCCAGAAGCCACAAGGAACGUUAUAGAUGAACAAGGCUGGUUUAGAAGCGGAGACUUGGCUUCUAUAGACGAACAUGGCGCUGUCACUAUAUCUGAUAGGCUUAAAGAACUUAUUAAGGUAAAGGGGCUCCAAGUACCGCCAGCAGAACUAGAAAGUGUAUUGAAAGAACACCCAUCAGUAUUGGAUGCUGGAGUACUUGGCAUACCUGAUGAGAGAACAGGAGAAGCACCAAAGGCCUUUAUAGUUUUAAAAGAUGGACAUAAAGGAGACGAAGAGGAUAUAAAGAGUUUCGUAGCAACGCGAGUAGCAAAGUUCAAAAGAUUAAAAGAUGUAGUUUUUUUAGAUAGUCUCCCAAAAAAUCCUUCUGGAAAGUUGUUGAGAAGGGUGCUUAGGGAAAAAUAUACGUGA